CUGACACAAGAGGAAAGGAAUCAAAGAGGAACGACUCUAAUCACGAGCUCGACUUGUGCAGCAAGAUGGAUCCUGCCAACAAUACUUGGUUUCGUUUGUCACGACGGCGAGUGGCAGUGAAGCGUAAUAACCGACAGUAUGAGCCAACGAUCGCUUUGGAGACGGACAAGGGGGUCGUUCUCUUGCCGUGACGUGUUGUCUUUGAGGUGCCAGCAGUCCUGAGGCGUUCACGCUCCUCCAGUGCAACAUUAGCUUCACGCACACGCUGGCUGCGAGAGCCACAACUGCCACAAAUCCGCACUUUUUCGUCAUUAUGCUCCCCCCGAAGCCGUGAAUGUAUGUCAACCACCGGAGCUGAAACAAUGGCAGGUGUCCUGAAGCGAAAGUUUGCGGCAGUUGAGGAAAACCCCAGCUAUUCUUCUUCUUCUUCUUUCUCCUCUCCGCCACACUCUUCACCCACGUCUUCAGGGUGGGACUCGGAGGGGGAGAGCGGCUCCUCUGAGAUGCAGGACUUCCCAGCUCCUGCGCCCACCGGCGUACCGAGCCGGUCCAUAGUGAAAAAGCCGAGGCUGGUAAAGAGGCAGUGCCGCGUACGCUUCGACCAAGUGGCAGUUUUCGGUUUCCCUCGCUGCCAGGGCUUCACCAGUGUGCCCAGUCACGGUGGUGCCACCCUGGGAAUGCUGCGGCAGCACAGCACCCUUCACAAGUACACAGUAGCAGAGCACGCAUCGGAGCAAAGGCGGCGCCGUAGGCAGAGACACCAGCUCAGACUAAGAGAGGAGACACAUGACUCAUUGAAACACAAUCUGCUCACCAAUGAGGCUGUUGGCCAAAAUGAACCAGGUCAACUCACAGUAGAACAGUUCCCAUCUGAAGGCGCUGAUGUCCACAUGAGCGAUGCUGAGCUGGACGGUAGAGGCUUGCUGCAGCCGUAUUCAUCCAGGCAGCGGCAUGCUCUCCUGCUGGCAUCUGGGGUGAAGCGCAUUGACAAGGACGAGAAGAAGCAGCUUCAUGCUCUGCGUCUGUCCAGGGAAGCUUGCGGAUGUGACUGCCAGGGCUUUUGUGAGCCCGAGACCUGUGCCUGCAGCUUGGCGGGCAUCCAGUGUCAGGUGGACCGCUUCAGCUUCCCAUGUGGCUGCACAAAGGACGGCUGCGGAAACACCGAGGGACACGUCGAGUUUGACUCCAAGCGUGUGCAGACUCAUUACAUCCACACCAUCAUGCGACUCGAUUUAGAGCAGCGAUCGGGAGCUGAAACGACGAGCCGAGGGGACCAGCCGGUGCAUUCACAAGACCUUGUCGAGUCGGAAGAUCUGAGUGAGACUCGUCACGUGAGGAAUGAACCAUACAAGAUGUGCCCUUUUGUUUUUUCUUUGGAAGAAGGCGAUCUCGCUCUUACGAUUCCCACCAGUCCUGCAUUUAAUUUCCUCCCGGAGCGAGCAGUGGGGGAAGAGAACAGCUGCAGUAGCGACAUGACUGAAUCCUCCAGCUCUUCUUCUGAUUGCGACGGAGGGCAUCUUCCUGCCAACCGCAGACGGGCGCCUUGUACCCUCAGCAUCUGUGAUUCUGAAAAUAAUAACUUCUCCGUGUGUCACCAGCUGAGACUUAUGGCAGCACCACUGACCAUGGGCAGCAGCAGUUGUGACUCUAACAGCACAACAUCUGACAGAAUAGGACCACUUUCGGCAAACACCUUCACAGACCACAAAACCACAGUCGUGGUGACGGAUUAUCUCGAUGAAAAUGCAAACCUGGCAAGAGACCCGUUUAACGAUGAGGAAUCCCUCGAAGGCUUUCCGAACACUCCCUCCCCUACCCUGGACUAUCCCUCCAGCGGGUACAUGGACCCGAGUCUCUCUUCAGAGUCCGACUUGGAGUUUUUUGACAGCGACUAUCCCUCCGGACCACUGCGCAGCUCGUUCAAAGAGCACAGACACUCAGACAGCUUUCACCCCCUCCGGCUGAUCAGCUCUGUUUAUUUGCCACAGGGCGAAUCAAGCACCUGCCUCCUGGAGUCUCUGAUUGGUCUGACUGAGCCGAACCCAGAACUGCCUUAUGAUCAUCGUCAGCUUUGAAAGGAAAUAUAUUGAACAUUUUUGACGUGACAAAAAAGUUGUUUGAGAAUGAUUAACAGAGAUGUGAUCUUAUGAUUUGACUGAUAUUCUUUUUUUUUUUAAUCUACUACUAUAAUUUUUCAGCGAGGUCCAUACACUUCUUACCCUGUUACACCACAUUUUGAUUUCAUUAACCUUUAUCGCAACUUUGAUUUGUUGUUUACAUUCCCUUUAUACCAUUGCUAAAUAAAAAAAUAAAAAAAUAAAAUAUAUAUAUAUAGGAUUCCCAAUAUAUGGCUUGUAUGCCAUAUGUAUGAACAACUUGGGGCAUGAGCAUCUGUCUCACAAAAUCGAAACCAAUUCUUUUAAUUGUUAUGGUAACUGGCCAUAGUAUAAGCAGAUAACCCACUUAAUAUAAAGCUAUGGAAAAAAAAUUACUUUUAUGUUUGUCAUUUUUAUGACUGGCAAUGAAUUGUUCUUUACAUGCCUUCCAAUAUAUUUAUGUACUGUAGUAAUAAAUUGAACUAUUUAUUCAUCAA